CGAACUAGCAGCCGGACACAGAUGAUGGAGCCGGUGAAGAUAACGUCGUAAACCUGGUAAAGGAGAUAGUGUCUUUGUCGGCGUCGACAACCUUAACUCAGUAAAGGGUCUUCUCGGAUGAGUUAAAGUUUUAGUUUUAGUUGAGAUUGAGCAGUGAAAAUGGUGUUAAAUGAUCUAUGGGAAGCUCUGAGUUUCGUCUGUACAUUGCAAUUCUGGAGGAUGGGCGUUCUCUGGACAAUCUCCAUCAUUUUCUCAUAUUUUCAGUUAAUCUUUAAUGGGUUUCUUCGAAGGAAAGCAUUUUCUUAUCCACGUUGUUCCUUAUCUACAACAAUGGCAGCUGGAAGAUCCGUCUGUAUUGUCACCGGUGCAACAUCUGGUUUGGGAGCUCAAGCUGCUUAUGCACUUUCGAAAGAGGGAUUCUUUGUUAUUCUAGUUGGAAGAUCUUCGAAUCAACUGUCAAAGGUGGUUGAAGACAUUAGAAUGCAGAAUGAAAGUGCUCUUUUGAAAGCUUUUGAGGUAGAUAUGUCGUCCUUCCCAUCCAUAAUGAAGUUUAAAGCCUCCCUUGAGAAAUGGCUUUUGGAUUCCAACUUGCAUUCUUCAGUUCAACUACUGAUCAACAAUGCAGGGAUUCUAGCAACGUCAUCUAGAUCCACAGUUGAAGGCUAUGAUCAAAUGAUGGCUACUAACUACAUUGGUUCAUUUUGCCUUACCAAGGUCCUACAACCGCUUCUUCAAAACAGCUUAAUUCCUUCACGGGUUGUUAAUGUUACUUCUUUUACACAUCGAAAUGCUGACUUACAGGUUGUUGACAAAGAGAGUGUUUGCGGACGAAUGUUCUCAAAAUCUAGAAGAUAUCCUUAUGCACAGAUAUACGAGUUCUCCAAGUUGUGUAUAUUACUCUUCUCCUACGAGCUGCAUCAGCAGUUUAAUGCAAUGGAAAAUUCUCAUCAAAUCUCUGUUAUUGCUGCUGAUCCUGGGGUAGUUAGAACAAGAAUCAUGCGAGAGAUUCCAAAAUUUCUGUCGUGUACAGCUUUCAGUGUUUUAAAGCUUCUUGGACUUCUGCAGUCGCCUGAAAUUGGAAUCCACUCGAUUAUCGAUGCUGCACUAGCACCUCCAGAAAUAUCUGGGGCAUAUUUUUUCGGGGGCAAGGGUAGGACAAUAGACUCUUCUACCCUUUCAUACAAUGCAGCAUUGGGGAAGAAACUCUGGGCUACAUCUAAUGACAUAUUUAUGGAGUUGCAGCAGCACAAUAAUGUCAAUGGCUUAUGAUCUGUUUAUCCAAUGUACACACUCUAAAACUUAAUUAAUUUUGCAGUUUCUUUAUUGGUUUACCUGUAAGAUUACAUACUUCAAUACAAUAGUUAUAUAUACACCCUUUUAGGAUACUAAAUUCAUUUUACUGGCUUAAACAACUC